AUGAUAUUAAGUAGAAUCAGCCACACUGCUGCUGAUAAUGAUAAUGAUGAUGGAGAUGACAAUGAUAACAAUCAUCAAAAGAAACAACAACUUUCAUUAGGACAAGCUCUUCUACAACUAUUGAAUCAUGAUGAUAAGGAUAGAGAUACCCACCUAUUAUUGGAUAAUCCAAAGGAAAAUGAUUCAUUCUCUACGAUUGAUAGAGAAUUGGAAAAUCAAAAGGAGGGAGACGAUGAUGAUGAUAGUAUAAUGAUAUCUAUCAUUGAAGCAAUGACAAGAUCGUUUAUAGAUAUACAUAAACACGAGUUUAAAAAGUCUACAUUGGUUGAUGACACAAUUAUAGGAAUUACAUUGGAUAAUCAAUCUGCUUCUGCUGCCUCUACUACAACAACAUUUAAACAAUAUUAUAGACCAUUGAUAUUGUUUAGAUACUUGUAUAAUAAUCAUUUGGAACGAUUUUUUAAAUCAAUCAAUCGUAUUAUUACCAAUCUUGUAGAUGACUCUUUGAAAAGAAAGGCAUUAGAUACAAUCUUGUUAUUGAAAUACUUUAUGUCUUAUCAGCAGCAGAGAGGAUCAGUAGCAGGUCAUUCUCUUACGAUUAGACAAUAUUUAUUGGAACCAAUCGUAGAAAUGGUUAUACCAAAUUCAUUGGUUAAACAACAACCAACCAAACUAUCAAUAGACACUGCCGAUUGUUUUAUUUCAUCAUCUCUAAAUAUCCUCAAUGAUCAAUUCAACAUUGAUCAAUCAUUUCUAAAUACUUUGACAUCUUUUAUUGAUCAUUUAUUAUUGUGGUAUUCAAAUGUUCAAUCAAAAUCACUUUAUUGUAUAGCAAUUAGGAUGUUAAAGGAAUAUAUAAAUCAUUGCGAUGAGGCAUGUGAAUCAAAAGAAUUUUAUAUUGGUAUAUUACCAUUACUCUAUUUUCAAUAUUCUCUAUCAACCAAAGAUAAAUUAGUUGAAUAUUAUUUAAAAUUAUUAUUAAAUGAUGAUGAAAGGAUUGAUUAUUGUUGUAUAUCAUUUAUAUUAAUAUUGGGAUUAUUAUCUGAAAAGAAAAUGAAUCAAUUUAAAAAUGAUAAUGUUGAUAAAUUAUUAAUUGUCUCUUAUCAUUUGGCUCAAUACAAUAAUGAAAAGAGGACAAAACAUUAUUGUUCCAUUUUAAUUGGGAUCACAUUUUCUUUGAAUCUCAAUAGCGAUAACAAUGAUGGUGAUAGAACAAUAGAAAAUAUAAUAUCAAUGGUUUUAUCAAAACAAGAAGAACCCAACAAUGCAACGCUCAAUUUUAUUGCUAAAUCCAUCAUUACAAAUCAAUCACUACUCUAUCAUUUUGUUUCAACUAUGGAAACAAUAUCAAAUACAUCAAAUUCAUUACUAUUAUUGGAAUAUUUGAUUAAAGUUCCAUCCAUUGUUUUAAAAUUUAAUGAUAAUAUUUUAUUUGAAAAGUUAUUAAAUCAAUUGUUAAAAAUUUUAUAUAAACAAGAUAAAGAAUUUACAAAAAGAAUUCAAAUAAUAUUUAAUGGUUUAGAGGUAAAUCAAUUGACAAGGAAAUUAAUAUUUCUCAUUAUCAAUGACACUACAAAUGAUCAAGAAAAAUUGGUACUUGAAAAUACUCUUUCAUCAUUAUUGGAAUUUAAUACAAUGUCUGUUUUUGAAUUAUUUAUUGAUUUGGUUUUACAUAAUGAAAUUGAUAGCAAUGAAACGAAUGAUGAUAUUUCACCUUCAAAUCUUUUAUUUGAUUCGAAACAACCCAUUACUACUACUAUUGAUAUUAAUCAGUUAUUAAAUUUAAUACCAUCAAUAUUUAAAAAUAUUAAAUGGUUUUCAAAUCCAAAAGAUGGUAAUUUAACAAAGAUAUUACAAAAAUUAUUAUCAUUGGUAAAGAGUAGUUUUAUAGUUGAACAUUUAUUGGACAUAUCUAGAUUAAAAAUGGAUCAACAAAUGAUAGUAGGCAAUGAUAGUGAAUUUCAAGAACAUGAAAUCUUUCAAAUUUUAUCACCCAUUUUGUUUUUAAAAUCAUUGUUAAAACAUAUUCAUCAACAAAAACAAACAAAUGGUGACCAUCAAAAUGCAUUAAUAAGUGGAGGAGAUAGAAUUUUGGUUGUAGAUCAACUUUACCAACUAUUAUCAAAAAGAAUAAGAUCAAAUAAUCUAUUGAUGGACAUUAGAAAACUAUCAUCAGAAUGUUGUAGUUAUUUCCCUUGUAUCUAUUGGGUACCAACUAGUUUAUCAAUGUUGUCAAAUGAAAAUAUUACCAUGGCCAUCAACAAGGAUUCCUCGAUAGUGACAAUGAAAUUGGUCAUGUUUUCAUUAUGUAAUAGUUUAUUAUUAAAUGGAGUGGAAAUGGAACCAUUUAUUCAUAGUGUCGCCCAAGUUGUAGACACUUUGUUUCAUUUACAACAAGUAGUUGGCUCUACAGCAGAGGAAAUUAAGAAAUUACAAAUGGGAGCAGGAGAUUGUUUGGCAUUUAUGGUUUGUGCAUCUGUCAAUGAUGAAGGAUACCUUUGGAAAACCUUUUCAUUUGAUUUAAUACACAAGAGUGGAAUGUCACAAAUCAAAGACAUCAAAUCGGUUCAUCAAGCAUUACCGACCAUCCUAAAGAUACUCAAAACACCAGACAGUAUUACUGCCACAGUCACACCAAUGCUCUACUACACUUUAUUGACAGUUACCAAAGUACUCCAAGUUGAAUCACUUGUCAAAGUUUCAAAAUCAAUCAUUCCAUCGCUUGUCAAUAUUUUCAGUUCCGAUCACAACAACCACAACUCUUCCUCCAUCCUCCUCGUAAAGAAAAAGAGGAAAAGAAUAUCAGUGACUAUGGAGAUGACCUCUAUGACAUUUUGCUAG